AUGGAGUACUGGAACUCCACCCUGGACAGUGGCUUUAUAUUGAUGGGGAUUCUGAAUGACAGUGGGUCUCCUGAGCUGCUGUGUGCCACAAUCACAGACCUGCUCCUGGCCUUCAUGGCCUAUGAUAGAUAUGUGGCCAUUUGUCAUCCUCUGAACUACAUGGUCUGCAUGAGGCCAAGGGUCUGCUGGCUCAUGGUGGCCACAGCCUGGAUCCUGGCAUACAUGAAUGCUCUAGGACAUACCUUCUAUACCAUGCAGUAUCCCUUCUGCAAAGUCCGGAAGAUCAGACACCUGUUCUGUGAGAUCCCACCUUUGCUGAAGUUGGCCUGUGCAGAUACCUCUAGAUAUGAACUGUUUGUGUAUGUAAUGGGUGUGACCUUCUUGAUCCCUCCUCUUGUUGCAAUAAUUUCUUCCUAUGCACUAAUCCUGUUUACUGUGCUUCACAUGCCCUCAAAUGAGGGGAGGCAGAAAGCGCUAGUCACCUGCUCUUCCCAUCUGACUGUGGUUGGCAUAUUCUAUGGAGCUGCCACAUUCAUGUAUGUCCUGCCUAGUUCCCUUCACAGCCCCAUUCAAGACAACAUCACCUCUGUUUUCUACACGGUUGUCACUCCAGCCCUGAACCCUCUUAUCAACAACUUGAGGAAUAAAGAGGUCAUGGGGGCCCUGAAGAGAGUCCUGGGAAAAUAA